AGCGGAACGUUCUGCGGAUUAGAGUGCGUGACAUCGUAGAACAUGCUUAAGCGCGCGAGUUCCUAUCAGUCACUCAGUCAGUGACAAGUACAGCAAGGGACCGGGACAAAUCUCAAAUUAUUCUUCCUCUUUUCGACGAGAAGACCGAGUCUUUCUAUUUUUCUUUUCCUUUCUUUUUUUUUUCUUUUUGUCACACCAUCUGGCGCCAUGGAAAAGAACCGGAACGAUCUUGGUUUUGUUUCUGUUUCUUUCUUUUCCUUUCUUCUUCUUUCUUUCUUUUAUAUUACUUUUGUCUUGAAAUAAAAAAAAGGCGGCUUGAAAUAGUUUCAAAAUCAUCAUUAUUUAUUUUGCACAACGUUAUAAAAAGCAAUAUUAUUUUAUUGCUAACAUUUCCUGAGAAUUCAAUUAACUUUCAUUUCGUAAGCGUGAAAGCAUUUAAAAAAUGUUUCUUUCGUUCACGACGACGAUAACGAAGAAGGAUUCAAGUAACGCACAUACAAAGAUAUGUACAUACAUAUAUACACCUUGCACCAAAAUCAUUCGAAAAAAUCGAAAAAAAAUGCAUGCAUAAAUGCAUAGACUCAAAAGAUUAUAUUUCCGGUACAUAUUUUUCUUUAAUCGAAGAGACCACGACUCUGACCUAAAAUUUACGCUGCAGAGAAGUCAGUAACCGGUUAAACAAUUCCUCUAUUAUGCAUACCAUCAGAUUCACGUUAUGUUCCUUGAUCCGUUGAGUUCGUGGCACCUCCCAGAACGGAAACCUUUUCUAGCACUGAUCAUCGUUAUUUUAUUUCUUUGAAAUCGAACGGACAUAGAAUCACGUUUUUUCGUAAUAAAGAAUCGAUAAUUAUUAUAAUUUACUACCUAUCGUUACGAUAAAAUUAAGGUUACAAAUAGUAAGAUAGAAGAUUAUGUAGAUAGACUCACGUCCUUGAGGAGAUCAUUUGUCGCCCUUAAAGAAAACGGUUGGUCCGAAGUGAAGAUACAAUGGCGACGUUACGGGGGCAUCGCAUGGCUUAAAGAGAAGGAGAACGAAGAGGAGGCAAAGGAUGGUCGUUAGUGGAGGCACCGGGCAUGCAUUAACAGUACUCCGGAUGGUCCGGUGAUUCUCCGGUUCCAUGACUUUCUCUCCCGCCUACCUAUGAAGGAAGACAAGGUAGAAACAGAAGAAGAAGGAGAAGAAGAAAAAGAAACAGAAGAAGAAGAAAAGAAAAAGGAGAAGAGUCCAUAGUGCUGGCAUUACUGAAGACGCCUCGGGGGAAGAAUUCUUGCGCAUUCUCAACAUCGAGUUAAGACUUCAGUCCGUCGUGAACCUUCUGCUAAAUUGCGUCACCCCAAAAGGGACGACAACAUUGACUCUUCUUUCGGUUUAUCUUCGUGAACUUGGAUAAACUAUACUUGCGUGAGACUAAAUCAGUGGACAAAGAUUUAACAAACGACGUCAGACAUUCACGAAGAGACGUGGAGAUAGAUUUGUUGACGACAAGAUCAUCAUUGUCAUUAUCUCCGCCAUUAUGUGCCGAAUCCUCGGAAUUCUUGCGUUAUUUUCCACGGUUAGCGUAAUCAUUGCUCAAGAUUACGAGAUUUCCGACAUUCAAUGCAGUGGCGCCGGUUCAGCAGCUGAUCUUCUCACAGCGAAAAUCAGAAGACCGAUCGGCUUCAGAGGAGCUCCGCUAUUUGCCGACGAUAGAUCAGCCAAUCCUCUCAUCGACAUUCAUUGCCAAAUUAGACCUGAUCCUAACGAUUCUCAAGAAGACAAUUACUUUCUCAAAGUGACGGAUUUUUCACGAUGCGGUGUUCUCAAAAGAAACGGAUUUAUUCAUUUACGGAUAUGGUUUCCGGCAUUUCCUGGUGUCGUAAUGCUGGCCGAUCAAGAAUUGAUCCUCAUGUGUCGUCCACCUGAGCCCACAUUGCUUAGGCACAAAGCGGCUGGUUUUGCUGGUACCUUUCCACAUGGUGCUAGAGUAUCCGGUGUAGUAGAGGAGACACCAGGUCGCCUAGAAUACGAAGUUGCUCUUUAUCGUGAAGCUACGGGCAAUAUAUCAGAAUCUAGCGGAUCUCAAACAGUCGAUCAGGCGGUGCCAAUAGGUACAAAACUUCAGCUGAGAGCUCGUAUCAGUCCUGACAGCGCUUGGGGUUACAUAAAACUUCUGGAAGUAACGGUCAGCCCUGAUCCCGAUCAACCGCAUGCCCCAGGGAGCGUCAUCCUUGUUAAGGAUGGCUGUAGAAAUCGAGAUUUCGCAUCAAUCAUUCCUCAUCAACCGGCAAGAUAUCGCGAGAGAAAGAAUGAGGUAUUUUUGGAUUUCGAAGCAUUCUUGCUUAGUUCUAUGCGAGAACGAUCUACCUUAUGGAUACACUCGCAAAUAAAAGCUUGUAUGGAACCACAAGAUUGUCAACCGGAUUUUUGCUUGGAUCUUUUCGAACCAUCGGGUCAUGGCAAACGAAAAAAACGAAAUGUCAACGAGAAAGUCGAUGGAGCGUUUUUGCCUAAGGUCGAACGUCUCAUUAAGAGUUACAAUGACUCAACGCCUUUUACGAAAUUCAAGGAGAACAUUGAGUAUACCGUCAUGAUGCCAGACGAUAUUUACAACAAAGUUGCAACCGGCUUGGAAGGUAAUUGCGGCGGUUUUCUUUACGUGGCUAUUGGAUUAGGUGCGUUAUUAGUUCUAUCCGCCUUCAUUAUGUGUUAUUUGGCUUCUCGUCUUCAUAAUUUAUCUUCAUCCAUCUCGCAAAACAAAUCCAUUGACGAUCUGGUACGAGAUAGAGCGAGAAAAUAUUGUGACGCGACAUCAGGAUACACUGGACGGUCUACCGUACAAUAAAAUAAAUCAAUCUAUCUAUUUA